AUGCACACUUCUUAUUGUGGUUCUUCAGUACUGCUGGCGGCAUCACAGAGUUGCAAUACGGGGAAGGUAUUUGAGCAUUUGAAGACAAUCGACCAGAACAAAGAUGUGAAUGUUCAGUUUCCCCUUGAUGUCUUCGGGUGCAUAGACCACGACUGGAAUCCCGACCUGUACACCAGCGAAGUGGUGCGAAGCGCAGAGGCCAAUCUGAAGAACACCACCGCCAAAGUGGAUGCGUACGCUACCUUCAAACAAACGCUGAGCCAGUCGAUGGACGAGAUCUAUCCCGGUGAACGCGAUCACUUUCUGAAUUUGAUUAAGGAAGCGGAGGAGCUGCACAGAACAGACGCGAAGCUAGCAGCCGCGAAACAGUCAGACGCAGAACCAACCAUGGACAAGCUAGCAGUACCAGUUCCUGAUGGCGAUAAUUCGCCCACCGUUAUGGACGCUGAUUCAUAGUAUGCCGAUACCAUAUUGCAGUACAGUGGCGCAUACACAGGUUUCGAUAUCUUGUAGGUACUCGUCAGGAGGAAGCGUUCAUCCAAGCAUACGCGUUGAAAGUUCAUGUCCGCAUAUCUAGCAUAGACGGAGACUUACGGCAGCAUCGUACGUCAGGAGGCAUGCUCGUCCCGUAAGGCCACAGUAUUCGUGCGGUCCAGAUGCACAACUCUCGCCAGUCUCAUCUGAAGCCAUUCUCACGUACAAUCAAGGGACGAGCGUGCUUCAUGGGGGCUGCGUGUGCACGUGCAAAGGGCAAUGGACGCCAUUCACUCGUGCCAUAAAACGUACGGAAGGUGGGAGACAUGGGUGGAUGUUCUCGGCACCGUACCCGUCAUAGCUCAGUACAAUAUUGUGCGUGUUGUCUGCCUCCUUAUUUAUUGACGAAUCCUCUAGUUGUAUAAUAGUAGAUGUGGCAGAAUAUACCAUGUCUAGCACGAAAAUAGUCGGCGAUUGAUCACAUCGUAGUUAGAAGCAAAAGUGGGUGUAACUUACUUCGUUACGAUACAUGUAUACGAGGAUAUCAAGUCUUGCGCAUGUGUUUAAUGCAGAGAGAUGCUUGUGAAGUGCUAGAUUGGGCGGCAGAUAGGUUUGAACCGAUUAGACCGCAAAGUGACCAAAUCUCGAAGUGGACGAGGGUGGCUUGCCGCAAAAUCGCCGCCCAGAAAUCUAUUGCUGAUGUAUUGCUGAAACGAUGCCGCCAAUAGGUCUAGCCCGUAUACAUGUAACCGUGCGAUCGAAAAGUCUCAAUUGAAGAUUUCGGUGUUGGUUCUAUUCAUUUAAUGUAUUUAGAUACAUAUAUGGGUCUAGUGGGUGGGAGACCCCACCGAUUAUUAGAGUAUAUACCCAACUGAGAGUAUAUCUCGGGCUUGUAUGAUAAGGAUGCAAUGUCGAUGCCGAUUUUCAUUUCACUGAGUCUUUGUCGCACUCUUGCCGCGUCCUCCAAAUCGAGGUAAUUAGCGCUAUAAACCUCAAUUAUAAAUACCUUCCCGUCAUCCCGAAAAGUGUUUCUACCAACAGUUUCGAGUCCAUUUCUUCCUGGUGGACGCGACUUGUCGGCGCCCGUAGUACUGCGAGUACGUGCUCUCGUUCCCAACCUGAGUGUUUGUGUUUGUACGAUGACAUCAGUUAGACGUAGUUUAUUUUGCUGCACAGUAUUUACGAACAAAGACACCCAGAUAUCGCGAGAUAUGCCAUUCGGUCGAAAACCUUUGAUGAGUAUGUUAGAGACAUGACGAGAUAGCGAUAGGUCCAAUGUAGCAGUGACGCUCAACGCAAGCACAAGCAGAUAUUAAACUACUACAACCCGGAG